GUGUGUGUACCCUGCCCUAUUGGACAGGAGCAUGGAGAGGUCCAUAUAGCUCGGAUGGAGUCGAAGCACUGUGGCAUUUUUGGGAGUGUCUGGUGUUUGAGUUUGAGUGUGUGCUUGUUUGCAGAGCAGCCUGAAAAGGAGGGCAGGAAGCGCCCCCACCCGCAAACCAAGAGAUCCAAUAGGCUCUUACUGAAUACCAGGCUGAGUUAAAACUACUGCGGCACGUCUCUCUUUUUCAAAGACAGUUUCACGCACGCUCUCUCUCUCUCUCUCUCUCACACACACACACACACGCGCGCGCGCGCUCCUUCAGUCUCUCCCACCCCUCUCUCACUCUCUGACACUCUCCGCAGGAUCCGGACGGCUCCAUCAUGCGUCUCAGAGCAUCAGCGUCUCAGAGCUUCUCCGGGAAACUAAAGCGCGCACCCUUUUAAAGUGCGGGUUGAUUUCUUUCUCUUUUUUUGUUUUUGGAGAGGACGCGGAGAACCGCCAAGUGAAGCACAUGCGUGGAUGAUUUUAGUGGAUUUUUGAGUGCGUUUCUGAAACGCGGCGUCAUGUCUGCGAGAUAAGCGCGCCUCUCUUUCAGUGUGUGUGUGUCUGUGUGUGUGUGUGUGUGUGAGAGAGAGAGAGUGUGUGUGUGCGCGCGCGCGUGUGCGCGCCCGUGUAUGUGAUGUUACCUUGUGGAAGGUGUGCAACGGGAAAGACGCUGGCUGGACUCGACAUCUGCAAUUGAUCUGCCGUGUUUCUGGAGCACCAUGUCCCUGGAAUGAAUGGGAAAAAAAAUCCAAACAUGGAUAUAAUCUGGGAAAUACUGAUCAUUCUUCAAGCCAAUUUCAUCGUUUGUACAACAGCUCAGCCAGGUCCGCCCAAAAUUCACGAGGGAUGGUGGGCGUACAAAGAGGUCGUCCAAGGGAGCUUCGUUCCAGUUCCAUCCUUCUGGGGUCUUGUGAAUUCAGCGUGGAACCUGUGUUCGGUGGGAAAGAGACAGUCUCCAGUCAACAUUGAGACCAGCCAUAUGAUAUUUGACCCCUUCUUGACACCACUAAGACUGAACACUGGGGGCAGGAAGGUGGGAGGGACCAUGUACAACACCGGCCGCCACGUCUCGCUACGUCUGGACAAGGAGCAUUUGGUGAACAUCUCGGGUGGACCGAUGACGUACAGCCACCGACUGGAGGAAAUCAGGUUACACUUUGGCAGCGAAGACGGACAGGGCUCGGAGCAUCUCCUCAAUGGCCAGGCCUUCUCCGGGGAGGUACAACUGAUCCACUACAACCACGAGCUCUACACUAAUUAUACAGAAGCUGCGAAGAGUCCAAACGGCUUGGUGAUCGUGUCAAUAUUCAUGAAGAUAUCCGAGACUUCAAAUUCCUUUCUGAAUCGGAUGUUGAACAGAGAUACCAUCACUAGAAUAACCUAUAAGAAUGAUGCUUAUUUACUAUCUGGGCUAAACAUCGAGGAGGUGUAUCCCGAGACGUCGAGUUUCAUCACCUACGAAGGAUCAAUGACUAUCCCGCCAUGUUUUGAGACUGCGACAUGGAUUCUAAUGAACAAGCCAAUAUACGUCACAAAAAUGCAGAUGCACUCCAUGCGACUGCUCAGCCAGAACCAGCCUUCGCAGAUCUUCCUCAGCAUGAGUGAUAACGUGCGUCCGGUCCAGCCUCUGAACAACCGCUGCAUCCGCACCAACAUCAACUUCAGCAUGCAGGGCAAGGACUGUCCCAACAACAGGGCCCAGAAGCUGCAGUACCGAGGUCAGUGUGUUUACUUUUCUCCUGCGACGACUGCAAAACGCACGCGAAUCAAAGCCGACGUUCUCCGUUUGAGAACGUCAGACAUCUUAAAUGUGUCUUCUAAGCCUUAACGUCUUUUCACAUUUCAAACCUACAAUCGGUAGAACUUUAACAAACAGGGACGAUUCAUUUUCUCGAGCUGACGUGAGGUUCAAGAGGUCUCAUUAAUAUACCUUCUCACCCGAGGAGUGUGUCUCUUCCUCACUGGUUGUCUGCAGUCUAUUUUCCCUCCUACGUAGACAAAAUAUUUUCACUGAAACAAAUUAAAAAUCUCUUUUUUUUUCUUCUUCUUCUUCUUUUUUCAUUUACCCCCCGAAGUAAUGCACUCAGUGACUCCUCCAAUCCUGAUCACAGGAUUUCUUUUCUUCUUAUUCUUUUUUUUUUCUAUCCAAUUUGUUUGAGCUCUUUGAACUCCCCACCUGCAAGAGUAAAGAAAGAUUUCUUUUUUAAUUGCGUUCGGUGUUCAAACAUGUAAAUAUCACGCCGCUGAAGGAAAAGAAAACAUGUCUAAUUAGACGUGGUUAAGCAGCUGGUACUGUGGAAGUGUGCGCUUUUGUAAAACCGGCGAUCACAGUGUUGUUUAGCUCUUAUAACUCGUAAAAAAAAAAAAAAAAAGUCAACUUUAUUUGAAUUUAUUUUUUUUCUCAGGCAACAAUCACAUAUUUUAUAUAAUUGUUUUUUUUUUUCCUGACAGGCUGCAUUUUGAUGUUAAAUGAGUUGGGUAUUUUUAGCAUCGAAUGAGCAAGUGUAGAUAAUUAGCAUCUCAUUCUUAUAGCAUUGGGACUUUAAGUGCAUUCUACUAAUUGACUUAAAUACAUUUUUUUUUAAUCAUAAUUUCAGGGUAUAAUUUGGGUAACGGUGUUUUACGUUCAAAGUGACUUUGUCAGUCAGUAUCACAAUAUGAUAUGUACAACAGAGCUUACUUUUCUUCUUCUCAUGACCUUCAGGGAGUUAUCACUACGCAAUUUCCUGUUCAUGGAAUAUUCCAAAACGUUUCAUAGGGGUAAAAGUGUUCAGGAUGAUACCAUGAGCGUAAGUUUUUUAUAAAGGUUACCUGUGUUUACCUUUAUAGUAUAUAUCUGUAAACGUAACAGUGUAUAUGCUGAAUUCAAUUCGAAACGAAACUUUUCACUGUUUAAACGCACGGCUUUUAAACCUAUAUGUAUUCAUAGGUAAGCUGUGUGACUCAUGACUCAACUCACAUGGCUUACCUGUGAAUAAAUCCAGAUUUCAUGGCGCCUCAGCAGAGAAAAUGCGUCCAAACCGAGUUACCUGUUUCAGAUUGCAGUCGUUUCUAGCAGGUAUCUCACACCAGAUAUUCAUGGAAGACUGAGGGAUGUGAAGGGGUUUUUUUUUUUUUUUUUUUCCUUUUCUUUUUUGAAGUCAGAUCUUUGUUAUUAUAUUUCUUUUCUCCAAUACAGUGAAUGAAUGGCUGCUGAAAUAGACCGCUUUCAUGGAUGAGCCCAAAUAUUAAACAAGACACCGAGAGAGGGAGGAAAAAAAAAAGGAUGAAAGACAGCGGAGGAGCGAACGGACUCUAGACUGCAUCACAUUUGUCCUGCCAGAUAGUCAUGACAUUGUAAAGGGGGGAGAAAAAAAAAAAAAUAAUAAUAAUAAAUAAAAAAAUAAAUAAAUAAAUAAAUAAAUAAAUAAAUAACUUCAAUAAGAAGA